AUGGGCAAUGUAAACCAAUUGCUGCACCACAACCAACAUUUUUUGGUUAAUUUCAGAAGAAGCCCUAAUUUGAUGGAUGAUGAUGAACAUGGUUCACGCAAAAGGAGUAGAGGAGAUCACCAACCUUCUAAUCCUUUGGACAAUCCUUCUCUUGCUCCUCCUCCUGAUGAAACACACACUGAUGAGGUCAACAACAAUGGUGUCCGGGUACCUCUUCCCGCCCGUCGACAAUUUCGUCGACUUGCUAUGCUUGAUGUUCCAUCAAACCAUCCAGAUAAUGCUAUGAUCACUCCACCAACAAGCUCUCAAAUUUUGCAUCCUGAUGGAGUAGUCAUGCCAGGGACAUCUCUUAGCCAUCAAAGGGUUCGUCUCUUUUUCAAUGUCCAAGUUCAUAAUGUUGCUUUGAUGGACGAAAUGGAAAAUUCAGCGCAUCAACAACGUAGACAUGCGCGUUUGAAUAUUGAUGACAAUACUUCUGAGGAGGAUGUUUUAAAUGAUGAAAUGGAAAAUCUAAUUGACCAACAUCAAUCUUUAAUCUCACUUAUUGAAGAAAUGUCUGAAGAGGAUUUUGCUUUAUUUAAUGAAAUGGAAAAUCCAGUUGACCAACGUCAAGUUGACCAACAUCAAGAUAUGCGCUUGAAUAUUGAUGGCAUGUCUUAUGAGGAACUUCUUCAAUUGGGUGAGAGGAUUGGAAGUGUAUCCACCGGUUUAUCAGAUGAAACAAUUGCCUUACAACUGAAGACUAAAUAUUUCUCACCAAGUCCCAUUGCUAUUAACUUGGAGGAAUUACCACCUGAAGAUGAAGAAGCAAACUCCUGCAUUAUAUGCCAGGAGGAGUUUAAGAAUCAGGAGAAGAUUGGUGUUAUCAAAUGCGAGCAUGAAUUUCAUGCCGAUUGCAUAACACAAUGGUUACUAUUGAAGAAUAGUUGCCCAAUCUGCAAAUUAGAAGCUUUGAAUGAUGGAUAG